AUGGUUCACGGAAAUAUUAAUGAAUGGAGGAGUUCCCCAAUCUUCAAGCCAAAGUUCCACAAUGUCCUUCCAGGCUUCAAGCAGGCUGUCGGUCUGUUUGCUGUUUACUGUGUAGCAGAGUUUAUCUUUGACUCGGUCAAGCCAAAGGAUAACACUCAUCAU